AUGGGGACACGGAAGGUUACCGCACCUCUGAUCUUUGCCAUCACUGUUGCUACAAUAGGCUCUUUCCAGUUUGGCUACCACACUGGAGUCAUCAAUGCCCCGGAGAUGAUCAUAAGAGACUUUAUCAAUUACACUUUGGAAGAGCAGUUAGAAAACCUUCCCAGUGAAGUGUUGCUGACAUCCCUCUGGUCCUUGUCUGUGGCUAUCUUCUCCGUCGGUGGUAUGAUUGGAUCCUUUUCCGUUGGACUCUUUGUCAACCGCUUUGGCAGGCGCAAUUCAAUGCUUAUUGUCAAUCUCUUGGCUAUCACUGGUAGCUGCCUUAUGGGAUUCUGCAAAAUAGCGGAGUCAGUUGCAAUGCUGAUCCUGGGCCGGUUGAUAAUUGGCCUCUUCUGCGGACUCUGCACAGGUUUUGUGCCCAUGUACAUUGGAGAGAUAUCUCCUACUACCCUGCGGGGAGCCUUUGGCACUCUGAACCAGCUGGGCAUCGUUAUCGGGAUUCUGGUAGCCCAGUUCUUUGGUCUGAAAAUCAUCUUGGGAACUGAAGAUCUUUGGCCAGUGCUGUUGGGCUUCACCAUCCUUCCAUCUUUCCUUCAAAUCAUAGCCCUUCCAUUUUGCCCAGAAAGUCCUAGAUUCUUGCUGAUUAACAGAAAGGAAGAGGACAGUGCUAGAAAGAUCCUCCAGCAGCUGUGGGGCACCCAAGAUGUGACUCAGGACAUCCAGGAGAUGAAAGAUGAGAGUGUUAGGAUGUCACAAGAAAAGCAAGCCACUGUGCUGGAACUCUUCAGAUCACCGAGCUACCAACGGCCCAUCAUGAUUUCCAUCAUGCUCCAGCUCUCUCAGCAACUUUCUGGAAUCAAUGCUGUGUUCUAUUACUCAACAGGAAUCUUCAAAGAUGCUGGUGUUCGGGAGCCGAUCUAUGCCACCAUUGGUGCCGGUGUGGUUAAUACCAUCUUCACUGUAGUGUCUCUGAUUCUGGUGGAAAGGGCAGGAAGGAGGACUCUACAUAUGAUUGGCCUUGGAGGAAUGGCUUGUUGUUCUGUCCUUAUGACUAUUUCCAUGUUAUUAAAGGAUUCGUCCAGCUGGAUGAGCUUUGUGUGCAUUGGGGCUAUCUUGGUGUUCGUGGCCUUCUUUGAGAUUGGCCCAGGCCCCAUUCCCUGGUUUAUUGUGACCGAACUCUUCAGCCAGGGACCCCGCCCGUCUGCAAUGGUGGUGGCUGGCUGUUCCAACUGGACCUCCAACUUUUUGGUCGGACUGCUCUUCCCGUCAGCUGCAUUCUAUUUAGGACCCUACGUGUUUAUUAUCUUCACCAGCUUCCUCGUGAUCUUCUUGGUCUUCACCUUCUUUAAAGUCCCUGAGACCCGCGGCAGGACUUUUGAGGACAUUACACGAGGCUUUGAAGGGCAGGCACACAUGGCUGGCAGAGCUGAGAAAGCCUCCGUUGAGAUGAACAGCAUGCAGCCCGACCAGGACACCACCAACGUCUAA